AUGGGGUCUUUCUUGUUGGGAUCUCCAUUUGACAGUGCGGUCGAAAAGGCAACAAGUGGCACCACUACAACAGAAGAUUGGGCAUUAAUAAUGGAAAUAUGUGAUAAAGUUGGAGCUUCAUCAGUUCAUGCCAAAGAUUGUUUUAAAUCAAUAAUUAAAAGACUGUACAACCAAGACCCACAUGUUGUACUUCAGGCCAUUACACUUCUGGAUGCUUGUGUUAAUAACUGUGGAAAGAAUUUUCUACUAGAAGUGGCUUCCAGACAUUUUGAACAAGAAUUUCGUAAACUAUUGACCAAAAGUAAUUUACCUCUGAAAGUGGCUGACAAAUUAAAAUCACUUUUAAAAAAAUGGGCUGAAAAUGAAUUUAAAAGUGAUCCACAGUUAAAUCUUAUACCUUCAUUGUACACUAAAUUAAAACAAGAAGGAAUUGAUUUUUCAUCGGUUUCAGAUGAAAACUCUUUAAAAGUAGGUAAAUCCAAAGAUUUGGUGUCUUUACAAGAAGUAGAUGAUAUAGCUAAAGCAAUUGAACUCAGUUUAAUGGAAAAUGAACGUUCUGCACAGAAAAAAACAACAGUCGAAUCUGAUCAACGAGCAUAUUUAAAGAAGGUAAAAGCUUUAUAUGACUUUGAAGCAGCCGAGGAUAAUGAAUUAUCAUUUUCUGCUGGAGACAUAAUUUAUGUGCUUGAUUCUACUGAUCCCAACUGGUGGAAAGGAUUUACAGACAAACAUCCUGAAGGUCUAUUUCCAGCAAAUUUCGUGACAACAGAUUUAUCAAGUCCAAAAGAUACAGCCGAACGAGUCAAUGUGAAGAAAUCAAAAGUCAAACAUUCCGCUGAAGAUUAUAAAUUUGUUGAAAUUGAUGAAAAUAAAAUUGAUUGUUUGCUUCAGCUUUUACGUGAGGCUAACCCAGAAGACGAUAGUACAGAUACCGAAGAAAUGGCCAUAUUAGAAGCACAGGUGAAUGCUAUGGCGCCAAUGAUAGAAGCUGAACUGGAACAUCUUGACAAGAAACAUUCCCAUCUCACACAGCUCUGCACUGAGCUCUUGGAAGCAGUAAAAUUAUACAAUAUUUUUAUGAAAGAUCCAGUUGCAACCUAUGCACCCAAUCAUCAGCCAGAACCUAUUCAACCAUCCACUAUGUCCCCACAGCAUAUGAUGCAUCCACCACACAUGCAAAUGUAUAAUGGCAUGAUGACAAACUAUGCACCUUUGCCUAUCGAACACUACAUGUCUGGCUCUCAAUAUCCUGUUAAUCCCGGACACAUGGUACCAGGCCCAAAUAUAGGAGGACAAAUCCAUGAACAGCCACCUUAUCAAAUGACCAACAUGCAAAAUGUGACCAAUUAUAAUCAAGUGUAUGGCGGCCCAGGACACAAUAAUGUACCAAUUGAUUCAUUGCCACAAGGCAUGAGUUACGUAUCUCAACAUUCUCAAUCUCAACCACCUAAACAAUAG